AUGAAUACUGUAAAGCGCGAGCUUCGCCUUUUCUUCGACUUCACUUGGAGGGACUGGUCUACGACCCUUAUCCCUGGCCUCAUCGUCGCCACUGGGGCGGUCAAACAUGCCUCCCUCCCGGCGUGGAACGUCGCGCGAUUUGUGCCAUGGGUCGCUUGCUUUAUCUACUUCUUCAACCUUUCCAACCAGAUCGUCGGCGUCGAGGAAGAUCGCAUAAAUAAACCAGACAGACCGCUUCCGUCCGGCAGAAUCACCGUCCAGGGCGCGAAGCGUCGGUGGGCAAUUGCCCUGGCUGCCUUCGUGGGCACUGCGCUAUUUAACGGCAGCGGUCACUUAAUCAUCGAAACGGCGACAUGGGUGACGACGACAGCUUUCUUGUGCUUGACGCCAUAUGGAGGGCAUUGGUUUGGAAGGAAUUCAGUGGCCAUGGGCACUGGUACAUGGGCACUUCUCAACGGCAUAUACAAGACGGUUGCGAGACCCGCCUCGGUGGAGGAGCGCUUCUUCUUUGUGGUAGCCAUAUGGCUCGCCACAGCCAUACAGAUACAGGACCUCAGGGACAUCGAGGGGGACACGAUCGUCAGAAGGAAGACAUUGCCAAUCGUGAUUGGGGAUAGGCAAAGUCGAUGGCUGAUAUCGCUUGCAUUCCUCCCACUCAGCUACGUGGUGUUGUGGGUGGGGGGCAUCAUAUCGAUGGCACCCACCACGGUGUCGGCAGCCCAUGUGUUGUUGGGGUACAGAACAUGGCACGGGACGGAGGCUAAAUACGACCAUAAGACGUAUAUGGUGGGUCUUUCCGUUGGUGCCGCUGGUUAG